AAGGAGAAGAAGAAGAACACAGUCUCUAAGCAACUCGCACUCUCGCAGUUCCGCACAGGAUCACCGCAAGGUUGCGGGACUUUCGUUUUAAUUGUUCGCACAAACAGGACGCCGCGAGGAAAAUCGCAGGAUAGUUUCCAGGUUCCCAUGGUAACGACCUUGGGGGAAAUAUAGCUAAUCAAAUAGUCUUGUAACUAAAAUCAACUGCAAGCGUUCCUUGAAAAAGGGCCAUUGAACCUAAAGAUCGUAGAGGCAUGUCGCACAGAAGAAGCCGGAGUAAUACGCCACCCUCGUACACCACCAACAGCAAUGACCCUCGUGAGCUGGAGCGACGGAUUUUUGUCGGAAAUUUGCCCACGGCACACAUGGCGAAGAAGGACAUGGAGGAUCUGUUCAGGCCAUAUGGGAAAAUACAGGCUUUGUCCCUGUUUCGUGGCUACGGAUUUGUGCAGUUUGAGCGAGUGGAGGAUGCUGAGGCCGCUAAAGCCGGACAAAACGGCCGAAUUUAUAGAGGUUAUAAACUAGAUGUAAAUAUGGCAGCGGAGAGACGACAGAAUAAAGCCAGGUCAAGCCCUCCACGCAGAUUAAAACAUUACCAAAAACCGAAUUAUUUCAUGUACUCAAGUGGGAUGGAAACAAUUAAAACUAAUUUAAGCAGUUCAUUCAAUUGUUGGAUGCGUUGUUUAUUUUUGGAGGUUGGUGUUUGUCUUUCAGAGAAAAUGAGACUAAUUAUUUUGCAGUAUCGGAAGAAAGAGGAGCCGUACCCUGAGCGCUACAGGGAACCCUGGAAUGGCAGGAGAGAGUCUGAGGAGGAACGGGUGCGUCCAGAAGAGCGCCGGAGAAAUGAACUUUACCGGCAAUAUUAUGAAGAGCUGCAGAGGCGCUAUGAUGCUGAGAGACCAGUGGACUGUUCCGUCAUAGUCGUCAACAAGCUACAAAAGGAAUAUGCUGAGACGGUGGGCAGGAAGGUUCGGGAUCUGGGUAUGGUGGUGGAUCUCAUCUUCCUGAAUACAGAAGUGUCAUUGACCCAAGCUCUAGAGGAUGUGAGUCGGGCUCGUACACCUUUUGCCAUCAUCAUCACCCAGCAGCACCAAGUACACCGUUCUUGUACAGUCAACAUCCUCUUUGGGACUCCGCAAGAGCACAGGAACAUGCCCAUGCAGGAUGCCAUGGUGCUGGUGGCCCACAACUUUGACUCCUUUAAAGUUGAACACCGUGCUAAAGAAAGGGACGAGUUAGCAACGAAGGCGGCCAAGAUGGCAGAUGAGGUGUUGAUGAGGGAACCUGACAGAGAAGGUCACCCUGCCUCCCUUCUGACCCACAUCACCCUGCUGUCCGAGGGCAGGUUUAUGUCUUCAGAUGAGUUGGCCAGGCUAAUUGACUAUCUGAGAGACAAACGUGAUCGUCUUGUCCGAGGCAGUACUGACACGGUUGCACACCCUCCACCAACGACCCACGAGCCCUCUCAGCCCACACAGCCUCUAUCCGCUCCAGCUCAGCCCGCAUACACCAGCCUGCCCCUUCAUUCCACCCACCUGACCCCUGUGUCCGCCCCCGCCGCCACCAACCAACAGCAGGAGCUCCAGGCUAAGAUCCUCAGCAUCUUCAACAGUGGCAGCGGCACGUCUUCAGUGUCCAGCCCCACUCCGGCGCCCCAAAUGCAGGGUUACUCUUCCAGCCUCGGCCCUCAUACUGCCGGACACCAGUCUUCUCAUGCUGCCACCGGCAUGCCCAAAAUCGCUGCCGUCCAGCCGCAGAGCAGCAUGAUGAACCCUCGGCCUGCCCUGAGGCCUCCUGGCGCUCGUAUGGCCGGGCCGACAGGCGCCCCGAGACCGGCAGUCACCACAGGCACUGGCAUCAACUUUGACAACCCCAGCGUGCAGAAAGCCUUGGAUACACUCAUCCAGAGCGGACCCAUUAACCACUUGGUGAAUAUGGGAUCUGGUGCGGGUCAAGGGAUCCGGUCAGCACAGGGAAUGGGCCAAAGCAUGGAUCCAUCACCCAUGUCCCAUUAUUCCCGCCAUUACUGAAAUGAAUAGAUCUGAUACGAAUCGAGAAGUCGGCAUGGCUCUGAUUUAUCAUAAAUUAUUAUUUUUUUGCUCCUGUGUAAUUUGUGAUAAAAAAAAAAAAAAACUAGUUUUCUGUGAAGUCAUAGUUUUCUGGUUUUACGGUUUAUUUAGUUUUUUUACUUAUCUAACCUUUACAGAGCAUGAUUGAUUGUUUAAUGCAUCAAUAAAUGAGAGAAUUUCUGUUGUUUUAUAUGAAAUUGAUGCAUUGUAUAUACCAGCCAACUUCUGACUUAAUAAAUUCAUUUUUAGAUAAAGAA